GAGCAGGGCGAGAGCGGGGGGCGGCAGGAACGGGGGGGCAGCAGUAAGGUAUAUGAGGGCCUCAGUUCGAGCAAUCGCCGGUACUCUAGCCUCGCUGCCUACUUACAUUCACACACACUAACACCACCGCCGGGAAACACGAUGCACACCCUCGCGACGGUAGCCGCGGUGCUCGCCGCCUUGCUGGUGGUGUCGGCGCAACAGUACCAGCAGCCCGGCGGCAAUUAUGUCGACGACUACGCCCAGUACGACUCGCAGCGGCCCAGCCAACCUAGCCCGCGCAGCUACGCGCCGAACGACGUGCCGUCCCGGCAAUCGGCGGCGCCGGAGAACCCGAAGCCGACGCCGGUGGCGAUCCUCAAGCAGAUCAAUCGUCACAACGAGGACGGCUCCUACACGUACGGCUUCGAGGGCGCUGAUGGCUCCUUCAAGAUCGAGACGAAGUUGCCGACCGGCGACGUGAGGGGCAAAUACGGCUUCGUCGAUGACACCGGCAAGGUGCGCGUGGUCGAGUACGGCGCGAACCAGUACGGCUUCCAGCCAGCCGGCGAAGGCAUCACCGUGGCGCCGCCGACCCUGAUCGACGAGACCACCAGCAAGGAUGGCGUUCAAGGACAGACCUACCAGGACUACGAUUACCAGCAGCCGCAGCCGCAGCAGCAGCCGCAGCCGCAGCCGCGACCUCAGCAGGCACCAGCACGCCCGGCUUACCAGCCGCAGGCGCACACUCAAGCGGUGUACGCACCUGCACAGGUAGCCCCCAGCAGACCCGCUCUCCCGAAAUCGCCCAUCUUCACGCCGGCCGCUGCGCCACGGCAGUCCUCGUUGCAGCAGAGCCCGGCCUACGACGAGCCCGCGCCGGCGUCCCAGCUCUACAAUCAGGGUCCCGCGCAGUUCAGUCCGGCGCCGGACCAGGAACGACGUUCCCAGCCGCAGUCUCGCAGCGGAGGCGGUAUCCUGGAUCAGCUCGCCAGGGACUACGCCUUGCCUCAGGGAGUCGCACCGCCGUUGCACGACAUCAGCUUUGGCUAUUACUAGAUCGCCUCUAGUCCCGCUCCUAUGUCCAGCAGAGAGAGUGUGUGUGUGUGAGAGAGAGAGAGAGAGAGAGAGAGAGAGAGCUUGGGCUCAGUUGUCGCAUUCGGAAAGUCCCGGGAUUCCGAUGUCUCUUGCGAUUCUCGUAGCGAGUGCCGCGUUUGGCUCACGAUCUUGCAGAGUCCACGCUUGGCUCGUAUGCAAGACAGUCGCGACGUCGAAGACUCUGUACUCUCGCGAACGCCACGACUGAUCCCAGGCUCGCCCACGUCCCGGAACGUGUUGGUCUUGUUUCUUCAUCUUAUUCGUGAGUGGGACGAAACGGGACACCCCGGUUACCUCGGCGUGAUCGCGACGUUGCCCGCUCCCUCCCCUCCCCAAGCCUGGGGGCAGCGUCGUGGUCCUCGCGAAUAGACCGUCCGCCGGAGGCGGAAGUCGAGAACCGCCGGUGUUGGCGCGCCCGGAACCGCCGAGCGAAAGCUGCUACUCCAUUUCGUCCGUGUGAUGCAACUUCUUCAUUAAAUCUAUCAAUUCCAUUUCCUUCAGGGUUUUACACCCGACAAUUAGAACUGCACGUUGCCAUCGUUGUCUUAAUCAUCAGCGAUGAGCUGUAAACCGGUAAAUCGACGGCAAGACGCAAGUCCUGAGCAAAUGAUGGCAAUGACGCGCUCGAUUCGCUGCAAGUUCACGACACACGGACCGAGUGGAUUUUUGGCUCUAACCUUCGUUGGUUUCAGAAAUCUUCCAAUCUGCGACAGGAAAAAGUUCCUCGUUAAAGCGCCGACUUUCUCUUCGAUUUGAGCGCCAAUACUCUAGUUCUCGGCCUCUUGCUUCGAUCACGAUUGUCUGCACGGGUGUUCAAGCGAACUAGAACGCUAGAAAAUCUCAUGUCAUCCUCUCAACGACCAUCGACAUUAUUAUCGUCACGCGUAUAUCACGAUUUAUCGGGAAGGAUCGGCCGCGCGCCUCCGCAGGCGCGACGACCGGGUGUGACAGCGGGAGCUGCAGGAAACUGUUCUGUAAAAAAGAAUGUAAAUAAAAUUUCUCGCCCGAGCAUGCUCUUCGAGCACACUGGGCGGCCCCGCCCCCGUUCGUUUUCUUUUUACGUUCCCCGGAAAACUCACGCAGCUCGCCGCUGGAGUGCCGUUUGCGCGGCGCGGCGCGGCGGCGCGCGUAAAUUGUGAGCGCGCUCACUAUUGUAAUUAGAUUAUUGUAAGGUAAUUUCGAGUGGAAUAAAGUGAGGCCAAUACUGAA